AUGGUACGCAGGGUACCAUGGGGCCCCUUGCCCCGCAGGCCUGCAUCUGUCCUUGCAGGUACUACCACCCGGCACCGGCUGUUCCCUUCGGCCUCCCCGCCGCCUGUUGCUGCACCCAGCCCCUUGGCCGUCGGCCCUCCGGACCCUCCGCUGGCUCCUGGCCCCCUGCCGGCCUCCCGUCGCCGUGCCGCCCACCUACGUUGUUGGCUGCCUUACCGCUGCCCACCUGCAGUAUCGGCUAUCCAAUCGCUGUGCCGCCCACCUGCGCUGUCGGCUGCCUUACCGCCACCCAACCGCCACUUCCCUACCGGGCCCUGCCCACUUCCGCUACUGGUUGCUCGACCACCGCCGCUUGACUCUUAG